AUGACGUUGUUAGGAAUUUUGAGCAAACCUCAAGGAUCUGCCUAUCUUCCACCUACAGGAUCUGGAACGCGUCCAACUACUAGUGGCGAAACUGGCAGUCACCCAGACGAAUGGGCCGGUGUAAGUAAGUACUAUUUCCUUUUCUUUCCUUCACGCUUUGUCCAAGUUACGCGAACGAAACCACGAAUACUAACUAAUUAUUUCAAUCUUCCUAUUAAUCUAAUGGAACUAUUCCAACGAGAACCAAUGGAAAUUUGUUUACGUAUCAUAAACGAAGCGAAGUCGCGAAACGAUAACGGAGCAACUGGAACUUUUCACUUACUACUACCAGACGGUAGAAGACAAAUCGUCGACUACAUUGCCGACGGGGCUGGCUAUCGGCCAAUGGUACGAAACGAAGGGGCAGCAACCUAGCCAGCUCCAGAAUCUGUUUCAAAGGGAUCCCCUGUCACUGGAGGAUCCGUCACUAACGAAGGAUACAAAUAUUAAAUAUUUACAUUGAAAUUGCCGUUUGGAAGAAGGAAAACAUGAGAAUUGAAGGAACGAAAAAAUCGAAAUUCGAAAAAUUACCAAACAUCGUUGCGUUUAUA